GAUCCAAUGAUGCCAUUUCUCCAGACUUCCCGGCUCAGGUGCUAGGCACAAGGGAUGAUGAGCUGGCAGACACUGUUAACAUUAAACAUAAAGAGGGGAUCUACAGUAAGAGGGUGGUAACUAAGGCAUCCUUGUCAAUGGGAAAAAAACCCUUUCAGAAAGAUAAUGCAGAUGCUCAAGUUCAAGUUCUCAUCACUGGGGAUGAGGACCUCUCAGACAAAAAACAGAAAAAGGAGAUCUACAGUAAAAGGGCAGUGACCGAGGCUGCUCGAUCUGAAGAAAAAGAAUCCUUGCAGAAAGACACUACAGGUUCCAGUGCUGCUGCUGCUUCAGAGCAGUCAGCUCAACUACAAGACACGAAGAUUGAUAAUCUACCAGACACUAAAGCCAUUAAACAGAAAGGGGAGAUCCACAGUAAGAGGACAGUUCCUAAGGAAGCCUGGCCCGAAGAGAAGAAAUCCUUGCAAAUAGAUAUUGCAGAGUCCAGGUGUCAUUCAGAAUUUGAAAAUACCACCCAUUCUGUCUUCAGGUCAGCUAAGUUUUACUUUCAUCAUCCAGUGCACCUACCAAGGGAUCAAGAUUUUUGCCAUGAAUCCUUAGGAAGAAGAGUUUUCAUGAGGCAUUCUUGGAAAGAUUCCUUUCAGCAUCAUCCAGACAAACAAAGAGAACACACUUGUCUUCCUUUCUCUUAUCAAAAUGUGGCAAAGACAAAGUCAGAUUAUACCAGAAUAGUAUACCUCAGUAUCAAUGUAAGCUUGGAAAACAAAGAAGUACAGCAUACUACUAAAAGUCAGGCUAGAGAUUUUCCAAAAUAUGACAAACAAGUUAAUGACCUAAAAAGGGAUCAUAAGUCCACCCCAGAGUUAACAACUCAGCACACUGUGAGUUUAAAUGAACUCUGGAACAGGUAUCAGGAGCGACAGAGGCAACAGAAACCUCCUGAGUUCAGUGCCAAGAAGGAACUUUCCUUGGUGGAGCGACUUGAUCGUUUGGCUAAACUUCUUCAGCAUCCCAUCACACAUUCUCUCCAGCCCUCAGAAAGGACACAGGAUGAUAGCAAGGGGGAACAAGAUGUUAAGGAAUGGAGUGGUAGACAGCAACAGCAGAACAACAAGCUUCAGAAAAAUAAACAGUAUAAAAGCCUGGAGAAAUGCCAUAAAAACACAGGCGAUCUUAAAAAAAAAAACAAGGUUCUUUCUACUCAUCAAGCUGGGAGGGCCAAUCAGAUUAAAAUUGAACAGAUUAAAUUUGAUAAAUAUAUUCUGAGAAAACAGCCAGGUUUUCAUUACAUAAAUAACACUUCUUCAGAUUCUAGACACUCAGAGGAGAGUGAGCUACUCACAGAUACUGCCACCAACAUCCUUUCCACCACCACUUCUGUGGAAUCAGAUAUAUUGACCCAAACAGAUAAGGAACUGACUCUGCAUGAGAGGAGCAGCUCUAUUUCCACCAUUGAUACUGCCCGACUGAUCCAUGCUUUUGGCCAUGAAAGAGUUUGUUUGUCACCCAGGCGAAUUAAACUAGACAGCAGCAUCACCGACCAUCAGAGGAGAUACCUUGAGAAGCGGAGCGAGAAAAACAAGAAACCAUUGAAUACAGGUUACCCCCAAAUUACUUCAGAGCACACCAGAAGGAAACACAUCCAGGCACAUGGCUACAAAUUCCAUCUGGCAAUGUGA